CUCAGAGAUGGCCGAGAGGACUGCCAUCAGAGGAGUUGUCUGGAGUGUUCCAAGGACAACGGUUGCCUACGCUGCCCAGAGCGCCUGUUCCUCUUCUUCCACCGCGAAGGCAUGACCCACCAUGGCUCCUGUCUGCAUGCCUGCCCAGAAAGCUACUUUGGCCAGCGUGGCAAAGACAUGAACCGAUGCAUGAGUGAGUUUGAGGAGCAUUUGCUCGGGCCAAAAGCUGUAGCUGUCACAGCAUAUUAUGCUUAUCUCUCUACUGUCGAUUGGCAUAAUACGCUGUGACAGCUAAGACUAAUUGGUGAAUGAAAACCAACACUUGUUUAUAAAAAGCAUGUUGUUUUGCAUUAUAAUAGGGUUAUAUGAUGUGAUAGAAAAUCUCAAGGGACAAUUUGUGAGUUGAUACAGUGAGGGAAAAAAGUAUUUGAUCCCCUGCUGAUUUUGUUCGUUUGCCCACUGACAAAGAAAUGAUCAGUCUACAAUUUUAAUGGUAGGUUUAUUUGAACAGUGAGAGACAGAAUAACAACAAUAACAUCCAGAAAAACGCAUGUAAAAAAUGUCAUAAAUUGAUUUGCAUUUUAAUGAGGGAAAUAAAUAUUUGACCCCCUCUCAAUCAGAAAGAUUUCUGGCUCCCAGGUGUCUUUUAUACAGGUAACGAGCUGAGAUUAGGAGCACACUCUUAAAGGGAGUGCUCCUAAUCUCAGCUUGUUACCUGUAUAAAAGACACCUGUCCACAGAAGCAAUCAAUCAAUCAGAUUCCAAACUCUCCACCAUGGCCAAGACCAAAGAGCUCUCCAAGGAUGUCAGGGAUAAGAUUGUAGACCUACACAAGGCUGGAAUGGGCUACAAGACCAUCGUCAAGCAGCUUGGUGAGAAGGUGACAACAGUUGGUGCGAUUAUUCGCAAAUGGAAGAACACAAAAUAACUGUCAAUCUCCCUCGGCCUGGGGCUCCAUGCAAGAUCUCAAUUCGUGGAGUUACAAUGAUCAUGAGAACGGUGAGGAAUCAGCCCAGAACUACACGGGAGGAUCUUGUCAACGAUCUCAAGGCAGCUGGGACCAUAGUCAUCAAGCAAACAGUUGGUAACACACUACGCCGUGCAGGACUGAAAUCCUGCAGCGCCCGCAAGGUCCCCCUGCUCAAGAAAGCACAUAUACAGGGCCGUCUGAAGUUUGCCAAUGAACAUCUGAAUGAUUCAGAGGAGAACUGGGUGAAAGUGUUGUUUUCAGAUGAGACCAAAAUUGACCUCUUUGGCAUCAACUCAACUCGCCGUGUUUGGAGGAGGAGGAAUGCUGCCUAUGACCCCAAGAACACCAUCCCCACCGUCAAACAUGGAGGUGGAAACAUUAUGCUUUGGGGGUGUUUUUCUGCUAAGGGGACAGGACAACUUCACCGCAUCAAAGGGACGAUGGACGGGGCCAUGUACCGUCAAAUCUUGGGUGAGAACCUCCUUCCCUCAGCCAGGGCAUUGAAAAUGGGUCGUGGAUGGGUAUUCCAGCAUGACAAUGACCCAAAACACACGGCCAAGGCAACAAAGGAGUGGCUCAAGAAGAAGCACAUUAAGGUCCUGGAGUGGCCUAGCCAGUCUCCAGACCUUAAUCCCAUAGAAAAUCUGUGGAGGGAGCUGAAGGUUUGAGUUGCCAAACGUCAGCCUCGAAACCUUAAUAACUUGGAGAAGAUCUGCAAGAACACAAUCCCUCCUGAGAUGUGUGCAAACCUGGUGGCCAACUACAAGAAACGUCUGACCUCUGUGAUUGCCAACAAGGGUUUUGCCACCAAGUACCAAGUCAUGUUUUGCAGAGGGGUCAAAUACUUAUUUCCCUCAUUAAAAUGCAAAUCAAUUCAUAACAAUUUUGACAUGCAUUUUCUGGAUUUUUUUGUUGAUAUUCUCUCUCACUGUUCAAAUAAACCUACCAUUAAAAUUAUAGACUGAUCAUGUCUUUGUCAGUGAGCAAACGUACAAUAUCAGCAGGGGAUCAAAUACGUUUUUCCCUCACUGUAUGCCAUGUUACAAACCAUGUAGUGUUAAGUCAAGUUACUUCAAUUUGGAAUGAUAUUGGCACUAUCUAGAGUCGCAGAAUAUUUUUCAUGAUCGUUAGGUUGUGCACAUAAAAUGGGAGUUUGAUUAACCGCACUUAACUGCACCGGAUAAACUGCACUUGCACUUUUCUUGCUGUGUAAACACUGCUACGAGGGUGAUUCCACGCGAUCAUUGUCUGUGGCCAAUAUAAAUGUGUUAUGCUGGCAUGUGCUGUAGAAAAGAUUUAAGCAAUUUGUUUGUCUUUCUACAGCACAACAACAUUACAUGUUUGAAUGUUAACAGUUAUCCCGACUAAAACAGGUAUUUAAUUUAUAUGUUUUAAAUCAGUAGAAUACCCAAUGUGCAAUUUUGAAACGUGGUAGUGCAUCAGCAGCUUUCCUCACUGACAGACCUUAGCAAGCUUUACCUGCCAGGGGGCCCCCAUUGAUUUUGUUAUAAUGUUUGAGUCAGUACAGAAAUGUGUAGAAUAGCAGAACAUUUGAUUUAAAAAUGUAAAACUUUCUUUGCGCCCCAUAGCUAAAUCUGUAGAAUUGCAGGAAAUAGCUAUAAAAAUUGUAAAAUUUUCUGUGUGCCCCAUGGCACAAUUGGCAUAUGUGCAGACAAUUUGCUUUAUAACCACAAGAGUUUAUAUGCGCCCCAUUGCAAACAUUUUAGAAUUGCAGGAAAUUUGCUUUAUAACUGCAAAAGAGUUUUACUAAGGGCCCCAAAAGGCUAGCCCAGCAUUUAAAAAAAUGUCUACAUCCAACAGGACAACUUCAAAUCAAAUCAAAUCAAAUUGUAUUUGCCACAUACAACAGGUGUAGACAUUACCGUGAAAUGCUUACUUACAGCCCUUAACCAACAAUGCAUUUAUUUUUUUAUACAAAAGUAAAAUAAAACAACAACAACAAAAAAGUGUUGAGAAAAAAGAGCAGAAGUAAAAUAAAAUCACAGUAAGGAGGCUAUAUAAUAAUGAUAAUAAUAAUAAUAAUAAUAAUAAUAAUAUUAUAAUAAUAUUGUUAAUAUAUAAUAAUAAUAUAUAGAGGGGGGUACCGGUGCAGAGUCAAUGUGCGGGGGCACCGGCUAGUUGAGGUAGUUGAGGUAAUAUGUACAUGUGGGUAGAGUUAAAGUGACUAUGCAUAAAUAAUUAACAGAGUAGCAGCAGCGUAAAAAGUUGGGGUGGGGGUGAAGGGGCAGUGCAAAUAGUCUGGGUAGCCAUGAUUAGCUGUUCAGGAGUCUUAUGGCUUGGGGGUAGAAACUGUUGAGAAGCCUUUUGGACCUAGACUUGGCGCUCCGGUACCGCUUGCCGUGCGGUAGCAGAGAGAACAGUCUAUGACUAGGGUGGCUGGAGUCUUUGACAAUUUUGAGGGCCUUCCUCUGACACUGCCUGGUAUAGAGGUCCUGGAUAUCAGGAAGCUUGGCCCCAGUGAUGUACUGGGCCGUACGCACUACCCUCUGUAGUGCCUUGCGGUCGGAGGCCGAGCAGUUGCCAUACCAGAUGGUGAUGCAACCAGUCAGGAUGCUCUCGAUGGUGCAGCUGUAUAACUUUUUGAGGAUCUGAGGGGGAAUAGGCUUUGUCGUGCCCUCUUCACGACUGUCUUGGUGUGUUUGGACCAUGAUAGUUUGUUGGUGAUGUGGACACCAAGGAACUUGAAGCUCUCAACCUGUUCCACUACAGCCCCGUCGAUGAGAAUGGGGGCGUGCUCAGUCCUCUUUUUUUCCCUGUAGUCCACAAUCAUCUCCUUUGUCUUUGUCACGUUGAGGGAGAGGUUGUUAUCCUGGCACCACACGGCCAGGUCUCUGACCUCCUCCCUAUAGGCUGUCUCAUCGUUGUCGGUGAUCAGGCCGUGGCAGAUGUGUUGUUACCUACCCUUACCACCUGGGGGCGGCCCGUCAGGAAGUCCACGAUCCAGUUGCAGAGGGAGGUGUUUAGUCCCAGGAUCCUUAGCUUAGUGAUGAACUUUGAGGGCACUAUGGUGUUGAACGCAUCAUCUGUGGAUCUGUUGGGGCGGUAUGCAAAUUGGAGUGAGUCUAGGGUUUCUGGGAUGAUGGUGUUGAUGUGAGCCAUGACCAGCCUUUCAAAGCACUUCAUGGCUACAGACGUCAGUGCUACGGGUCGGUAGUCAUUUAGGCAGGUUAUCUUAGUGUCCUUGGGCACGGGGACUAUGGUGGUCUGCUUGAAACAUGUUGGUAUUACAGACUUAGUCAGGGACAUGUUGAAAAUGUUGGUGAAGACACUUGCCAGUUGGUCAGCACAUGCUCUGAGUACACGUCCUGGUAAUCCGUCUGGCCCUGCGGCCUUGUGAAUGUUGACCUGCUUAAAAGUCUUACUCACAUCGGCUACAGAGAGCGUGAUCACAUAGUCAUCUGGAACAGCUGGUGCUCUCAUGCAUGCUUCAGUGUUGCUUGCCUCGAAGCGAGCAUAGACGUGGUUUAGCUCGUCUGGUAGGCUUGUGUCACUGGGCAGCUCGCGGUUGUGCUUCCCUUUGUAGUCUGUAAUAGUUUUCAAGCAACUUCUAAGUGAUAUAGAGUGAAAACAGCCAAAUAUAUAAAAAUCAGACUUUAUUAACAACAUAGUAGGCCUACUAGAACACAUAUGACAGAUUUGACAAAAAAGCACUUUAAAGAAAAUCGAACACGACGGCAGGACGGCUGUGAGUCGCAAAGUGAGAACACCCUUCUGACAGGGUUAUGUCGUUGAGUGGAGCAUAAGACAUUAGGAUUUCCAAAAACGCACAGUGGUUGAGAGCCAAAUGGCUGCAGCAGACCUGGCUUGAAAUAGUAUUUGUCUUCUUUCAAAUCCUUUGAGUGUUUCAUUGAGCCUGUCUGGAGUGACAGAUGGGCCAGGUUUGCACUUUUGGGACUAUUCAAGCAAGCUUAGCUAAGCGCAGUGAAAAAGUAGCAGAAAAACACAUUUGAACCCAGGUCUGCUAUGCACUGAAUAAUGUAGAAAUGCUUUGUUCUUUCUCGAAGAAUGCAGAUCUCCAGAAUGUGAGAGAUGCUUCAACAAAGACUUCUGCACUAAAUGUAAGGGAGGAUUUCAUCUGUUCAAAGGCACGUGCUACAGCAGCUGUCCAGAUGGCACCUUUCCCCACCUAACAGACUGCAUCGGUGAGUGAUUUAAAUAUAUAACUGAGGUAAUGAUAGGGCCUAUAUUUAAUAUAUUUAUCAAUAAACUCAGUGCUUUCAAAGUAUAUCUAAUACAUUUGUAUGGGUUUACAAAGCCAAAUAAAUAGAUCUUCAGCUGAUUGUAAAGAUCAACUGUAUAGUUUUGACAUCUGCAGAAUGUAAAGGUAUGCAGGUGCGCUUUCAAUAGGGGAGAGUGGGAUAAGUUGAGCCGAAGGGUUAGUUGAGCCACCCCUUGUUUGUAGGAAACUAUAUAUCAAAUUAAUCCUGUGACCAAAUAUUUAGGAAUAGGUUAUCAUUUUAUGGAGUCUGUGAAGGAAGAAACCACAUGGAAAAAGCGAUAAGCAAGUUAGGUCAAAUUAAUUUAUUGUGUUAUAGGUUUGAUCAUGCUUGUAUCUAAACCAAAGUAGAUACAGUAGUUUUACGAUUGUUUUUUUUAUCAGUUGGGGUCUCUAUAAGCUACAAUAUGUGAUCCUAAAACUAGCAUGAAAGUGCAUAAUUGUAGCUGUGUGGGCUAAGCUAGUCAAAAUGUUUGCCUUGGGGUAAGUUGAGCCAAUGGCCACCAUACCCCAUACAAAUGAUUAUAUUUUGUCAGUUUUAUGCAUAUUAUUCUUGCAAUGUGCCAUGCAUAUGAACUCAAUAUGCACAUUUGUAUUAUUACGGAGCAGACAUCAUCAUGGUCCGUGUAUACAAACGUAAAACAAGCAGGGGUCUAACUACCCUUGAGGUUCUUGAGAGAGCAGCCAAGGAAGUGAGAGAAGGGAAGAAGUCCAGUAUGAACUUUCUAAACAUAUCAAUCAUUUCGCAGACCAGUUUCAUGGGCUUAGUAGCCUCAAAUGCAGAGAACUUGCCUAUCGAAACAUAAUAUCUAUCCUAGACAACUGGUCAAGAAAUGAAAGGGUAAGCGAUAUUGAACAGAAAGAGCUACAGUAUAUCUGAAUCUAGGCAUAUAUUUAAGAUAUACAAUAUAACACACCCCCAUUACAUGAAUUAAACUUUGACCUUCCAUCACCCACUGUCACAGGACACCAUCACCCACUUACCCCAAGGCGGCUCAACUUACCCUGUCCCUAUGCUCAAUUAGGGACAGGGUAAGUUGAUAACAAGAUGGCGCUGACAGACACGGUUGCCUUGUUCCUAGCUCCUAGCUAACUAUGCAGUAUUUUGUUUUUUUGUGUGUGAUUGCUUGCAUUAUUUGCUCAGAACGUUACUUGCAUUAUUACCUACAGCCGAAAAUAAAUUUUGGAUAUUAGAUCGGCGGUCUCUCACCAGCAAUUCGACUUUCCUGAAUUGGAUCCUUUGUUUGAACUCCCCGAGGCAAUUCCAUUCAUCCCACCGGCUGCUCUAAGACGCCGUAGCCAGAGAAGAGGAAUAAGGUCUGGGCUCCUUAUUCCUCCUAGACUCAGGAGGCGUGCAUAAUGUCCACUACUUCCGAGUGUAUUUCUCGCAAACACUCAGUCCCUGGACAAUAAAUUAGAUGAGCUCAGGGCGAGGAUCUCCUUCCAGAGAGACAUCAGGGACUGUAACAUACUGGCUCUCACCGGAUAUACUGUCCCCAUCCAUUCAGCCAGCGGGGUUCUUCGUCCAUCACACAGACAGGGAGAAAAAACUGCGGUGUAUGUUUCAUGAUUAACUACUUAUGGCGUGAUUGUGGUAACAUACAGGAACACAAGUCCUUUUGUUCUCCCGAUCUGGAAUACCUCACCAUCAAAUGUCGACCGCAUUACCUCCUGAGAUGAUCAUUUUCUUCUGUCAUUGUCACGGCUGUGUACACUACCGGUCAAAAGUUUUAGAACACCUACUCAUUCAAGCGUUUUUCUUUAUUUUGACUAUUUUCAAUAUUGUAGAAUAAAGACAAAACUAUUAAAUAACACAUAUGGAAUCAUGUAGUAACCAAAAAAGUGUUCAACAAAUCAAAAUAUAUUUUAUAUUUGAGAUUCUUCAAAUAGCCACUCUUUGCCUUGAUGACAGCUUUGCACACUCUUGGCAUUCUCUCAACCAGCUUCAUGAGGUAUUCACCUGGAAUGCAUUUCAAUGAACAGGUGUGCCUUCUUAAAAGUUAAUCAGUUUGAGCCAAUCAGUUGUGUUGUGACAAGGUAGGGGGGCCCCCAACCAUAAGAUAGCCCUAUUUGGUAAAAGACCAAGUCCAUAUUAUGGCAAGAACAGCUCAAAUAAGCAAAGAGAAACAACAGUCCAUCAUUACUCUAAGUCAUGAAGGUCAGUCAAUACGGAACAUUUCAAGAACUUUGAAAGUUUCUUCAAGUGCAGUCGCAAAACCAUCAAGCGCUAUGAUGAAACUCGCUCUCAUAAGGACCGCCACAGGAAUGGAGUUACCAUCCUCAGAAAUUGCAGCCCAAAUAAAUGCUUCACAGAUUUCAAGUAACAGACACAUCUCAACAUCAACUGUUCAGGGGAGACUGUGUGAAUCAGGCCUUCACGGUCGAAUUGCUGCAAAGAAACCAUUACUAAAGGGCCAAGAAACAUGAGCAAUGGACAUUAGACCGGUGAAAAUUUGUCCUAUGGUCUGGAGUCCAAAUUUGAGAUUUUUGGUUCCAACCGCUGUGUCUUUGCGAGACGCGGUGUGGGUGAACGGAUGAUCUCCGCAUGUGUAUUUCCCACCGUAAAGUAUGGAGGAGGAGGUGUUAUGGUGUGGGGGUGCUUUGCUGGUGACACUGUCUGUGAUUUGUUUAGAAUUCAAGGCACACUUAACCAGCAUGGCUACCACAGCAUUCUGCAGCGAUACGCCAUCCCAUCUGGUUUAGGCUUAGUGGGACUAUCAUUUGUUUUUCAACAGGACAAUGACCCAACACACCUCCACGCUGUGUAAGGGCUAUUUUACCAAGAAGGAGAGUGCUGCAUCAGAUGACCUGGCCUCCUCAAUCCCCCGACCUCAAACAAGAUGGUUUGGGAUGAGUCGGACCGCAGAGUGAAGGAAAAGCAGCCAACAAGUGCUCAUCAUAUGUGGGAACUCCUUCAAGACUGUUGGAAAAGCAUUCCAGGUGAAGCUGGUUGAGAGAAUGCCAAGAGUGUGCAAACCUGUCAUUUUACAUAUCAUCAAGGCAAAGGGUGGCGAUUUGAAAAAUCUCAAAUCUCAAAUAUAUGUUGUUGAACACUUGUUUUGUUACUACAUGAUUCCAUAUGUCUUAUUUCAUAGUUUUAAUGUCUACACUAUUAUUCUACAAUGUAGAAAAUAGUAAAAAUAAAGAAAAACCCUUGAAUGAGUAGGUGUUCUAAAACUUUUGACCGGUAGUGUCACGACUUCCUCCGAAGCUGCCUCCUUCGGCGUUCGUCGUCACCGGCCUUCUAGCCACUGCCGCUCCUCUUCUCAUCAUUCCAUUUGAUUUGUCUUGUUUUUUACACACACCUGGUUCAUAUCCCCUCAUCAGUCCCUGUAUAAGUAUUCCCUCUGCCUCCCAUGUCUUUGUGUGUGAUUGUUUCUAUGGGAGGUGUCGAUAGCUCGGUGGAGCAUUAUGUACUUUAUCGCAGGGAUAUUCACCUGUGUGUUUUGUUUUCCCCAGUGCACCGUUAAGUCGCACUGUAGUUGUUAUAUGCAUUGCUUCGAACCGCUGUAUUGGCCGAAUAAACCAUUAUUCUGUGAUUUACACCUCCUGCGCCUGACUCCGUCCAAAUCACCUGCUACAGAAUCACACACCCAAACAGCAUGGAGUCAGCAGUAGUGGGGAAUAUGCCUGGAGUCGUUGAGCGGGUCCGGGAGCAUUCCAACAUGUUAGCCAGCUUGGGAAAAGCGAUGGAUCGAGUUCUCCAGGCCAGCGCCUGGAGAGGAGAGGACCUGACCCUGCGGAACCAGCUGAGCGACCGGAUCCAGCCACCAACACACCAGCACCCAGAGGUAUUCACCUGUCUCGACCGAGGGAAUAUGACGGGACAGCGGCCAUGCUGCCAGGGUUUCCUCCUGCAGCUGGACCUCUAUUUCAACACCAUCAGCCCUGCUCCAUCGGAUCGGGAGAAGGUGUCCGCCCUCGUCUCCUGCCUCUCGGGGAAAGCCCUGGAAUGGGCCAACGCGGUCUGGAGUAAAGGAGGAGACGCGUUGACGGAGAAUUAUCUCGCCUCUUCCGGGCAGUCUUCGAUCAUCCCCCCGAAGGAAGAGAGGCGGGCGAGCGUCUGGUCCAUCUGAGGCAGGGGACGAGGACCGCGCAAGACUUUGCCCUGGAGUUUAGAACUCUAGCGGCUGGGUCCGGGUGGAACGAGCGGGCCCUCAUCGACCACUUCUGAUACAGCCUGCGUGAGGACGUCCGAAGGAAGCUAGCCUGCCGGGAAACCACGUUGACCUUCAACCAACUGGUGGACAUGGCCAUCCGGUUGGACAACCUGCUGGCUUCGAGAGGACGUCCUGGAAGGGGCCUGCCCAUUUCAUCCCCCUUCAACCCGGAUCACGGACUUUUGCGAACUGGAAACCGUAUAUCCUGAGGUCGCAUUUGUUGUAGCUGGGGACUUUAAGAUAAAGGAAUAAUAAGGAAAUCUGAGGAAAACGCUACCGAAGUUCUGUGUUACUUGUGCAUCGAUAACUCUGGACAAUUGCUAUUCCCCCUUCCGUGACGGCUACAAGGCCCUCCCCCGCCCUCUUUUCGGCAAAUCAGAUCAUACCUCCAUUUUGCUCCUCCCCUCCUAUAGUCAGAAACUUAAACAGGAAGUUUAAGGACUGUUCAAAGUUGGUUUGACAAAUCAAAAUCUAUACUUCAAGUUUUGAUCAAGUGGACUGGGAAAUGUUCCGUGUUGCCUCUGAGAAUAGUGUUGAAGUAUACACUGAGUCGGUGACGGAGUACAUUAGGAAGUGAGUAGAGGAUGUUGUUACCACUGUGACAAUUAGAACUUAUCCAAACCAAAAACCAUGGAUAGAUGUUAGCAUUUGCGCUAAACUAAAAGCGCGAAGAACCGCAUUUAACCACAGCAAGGUGACUGGAAACAAGGAAGUGUACAAACAGACCAGUUAUGCCCUCCGUAAGGCAAUCAAAGAGGCAAAAUGAUAGUACAAGGACAAAAUGGAGACACAAUUCAAUGGCUCAGACACGAGACGUGACCCUGUGGGUCACUCAAGGAUUAUGAAGGGAAGGACAGCCACGCCGUGGACACUGACGCCUCGCUCCCGGGCAAGCUAAACACCUUCUUCGCCUGCUUCGAGGAAAACACAGAGCCAGCGACGCAGGCCAACGCCACUCAAGAGGACUGUAAGCUCUUGUUCUCUGUGGCCGACGUGAGUAAGAAAUUUAAGCGUGUUAACCCUUGCGAGGGUGCCGGCCCAGACGGCAUCCCAAGUGCUGUCCUCAGAGCAUGUGCAGACCAGCUGGCUGGAGUGUUUACGGACAUAUUCAAUCUCUCCCUAUCCCAGUCUGUUGUCCCCACUUGCUUCAGGAUGUCCACCAUUGUUCCUAUACCGAAGAAAGCGAAACACGCUGUCGUACAUCUCCAUCCAGAGCAUCCCAAACAUGCUCAAUGGGUGAGUAUGAAGGCCAUGGAAGAACUGGGACAUUUUCAGAUUCCAGAUUUGCAGUGCAAUAUCAUGCUGAAAUAUGAGGUGAUGGUGGCGGAUGAAUGGCAUAACAAUGAGCCUCAGAAUGUCGUCACGGUAUCUCUGUGCAUUCAAAUUGCCAUCGAUAAAAUGCAAUUGUGUUUGUUGUCCGUAGCUUAUGCCUGCCCAUACCAUAACCCCACCGCCACCAUGGGGCACUCUGUUCACAACGUUGACAUCAACAAAACCGCUCGCCCAUACGACGCUAUACACGUGGUCUGCCAUCUGUCCGGUACAGUUGAAACCGGGAUUCAUCCGUGAAGAGCACACUUCUCCAGCGUGUCAGUGGUCAUCAAAUGUGAGUAUUUUCCCAUUGAAGUUGGUUAUGACGCCGAGUUGCAGUCAGGUCAAGACCCUGGUGAGUAUAACGACCACGCAGAUGAGCUUCCCUGAGACAAUUUCUGACAGUUUGUGCAGACAUUGUUCAGUUGUGCAAACCCACAGUUUCAUCAACUGUCUGGUGAAGAAGCCGGAUGUGGAGGUCCUGGGCUGGCGUGGUUAAUCAUAGUCUGCGGUUUUGAGACCGGUUGGACGUACUGGCAAAUUCUCUAAAAUGACGUUAGAGGUGGCUUAUGGUAGAGAAAUUAAUAUUCAAUUCUCUGGCAACAGCUCUGGUGGACAUUCCUGCAGUCAGCAUGCCAAUUGCACGCUUCUGUGGCAUUGUGUUGUGUGACAAAACUGCACAUUUUAGAAUGGCCUUUUAUUGUCCCCAGCACAAUGUGCACCUGUGUAAUGAUCAUGCUGUUUAAUCUGCUUCUUGAUAUGCCACACCUGUCAGGUGGAUGGAUUAUCUUGGCAAAGGAGAAAUGCUCACUAACUGCAGGAAUGUCCACCAGAGCUGUUGCCAGAGAAUUUAAUGUUAAUUUCUUUACCAUAUCGUUUUAGAGAAUUUGGCAGUACGUCCAACCGGCUACACAACCGCAAACCACGUGUAACCGCGCCAGCCCAGGACCGCCACAUCCGGCUUCUUCACCUGCGGGAUCGUCUGAAACUAACCACCAAGGAGCUGAUGAAACUGAGGAGUAUUUCUGUCUAUAAUAAAACCCUUUUGUGGGGAAAAUAUCAUUCUGAUUGGCUGGUUCUUGUUCCCCAGUGGGUGGGCCUGGCUCCCAAGUGGGUGGGACUAUGCCCUCCCAGGCCCACACAUGGCUACGUCCCUGCCCAGUCAUGUGUAAUCCAUAGAUUAGGGCCUAAUUCAUUUAUUUCCAUUGUCUGAUUUCCUUAUAUAAACUGUAACUCAGUAAAAUUGUUGAAAUUGUUGCAUGUUGCAUUUAUAUUUUUGUUCAUAUAUUUAUAUUCCGGAGUCUGACAUUGAUCGUUCUGAUAUUUCUUAAUUUCUUAAUUUACAUUUUUGGGAUUUGUGUGUAUUGUUUUGUAUUGUUCAGUAUACUGCACUGUUGGAAAGCAUUUCGCUGCACCUGCGAUAACAUCUGAAAAACGCGACCAAUACAAUUUUAUUUAAAAAAAACAUUUAAAAAAACAUAUGUAAGAGCGAAAACUGUAAUGUUGACAUUAAUUAUAAUUAUUUCCAGGGGUACACUAUAUCCAGAAAUAUGUAGAUAUCUUUGUUAGAAAGAAUACUAUAUUUACCUUGACAUAGUGAUGCUGAAUGUAAAAAUGGCUCAACUUACCCCAAUCUCCCCUACCUGUGUCUCUAGCUAGUCCACUCUGAUGUAUUUGUCUAAAGUCUUUCGUUUCCACUGUGUCUUUAGAAGGCUGUGCGUUCAGCGUUGUGGGUGACUGGGGAGAGUGGAGCCCCUGUCUCCGCAACGGCCUGAGCUGUGGCUUCAGGUGGGGGCGCCAGACUAGGACCCGCAUGCUGUCCUUGAGAGUGCCUGAUGAUAAGGCAUUGCUCUGUCCAUCUCAAAGUAAGAGGUGCAGAAUGAAAAAGAGAUGCCCCGAAGGUGAGCUGAACAUGAUGGUCUGA